CUGACGGUGAGAUGCGAGCUUUGGCCAUGUCGCGGUUUUAAAUGAGGAAGAAGCGGGAGAAGGUUGUCGCGCGAGCAAGUUUCAGAGACCGGGUUUAUAACCGGUAAACUGCGGGUAACGGCGCUCCGGGAUCCCGGCCCGGUUUCAUUAAUAACGGGGGAGGCCUGUGCGCGGGGAGGCCGCGCGCUGAUUAACCGCCGCUCAGGCUGAGGGACGCUGUUAGCAUCGCGGCUAACUGGCUAGGCUAGCUAAGUUAGGGCUUGGGGCAGCUAACGGCGGCCCGGCGGCUGUGCUAGCCUGGCUAACUAGCCUAGCUAACUAGCUAGCUAACCAGUUAACCGGUCUACCGGGCUGGAAAAUGCGGCUCAAGCUAACCGGCUAACAGAGGUAAUGAUGCUAAUUGGCUAACUAACUGCUAGCAUGUGAAUAAGGCCCGUUUCAGAGAGAUUUAAACAGAGCGGCUCCAGGAUUAAACAUGUUUAAUAAGCUCUACCAGUGGUUCGGGACUGGAAUAGCUAACCUUCGCAACGGAGAAGCGCCCGGUGGGGAUCAUAUCGGCACGGGGCAGCAGCAAGACGGUCCUCCCCGGAGAAAGAGACCCAUAGACUGUCUGGAAGAUGUGGAUGGCAUUGAAGAACACCGAGCUGUCAAGAAAUUUAGAAUGGGAGAUUUUAUGGACACGAUGAAGAAUGCGGCCGAGGGGGUGAAGACCCAUGGCUCUUCUGUUGCAUCGUGGAUGCGCAGCAGUGUCAGCCCAACCUUGAGGAACAUGCUGCCUGCCUCUCCUGACCCACCACAGACAGAAUCCACAGACCUGCCCACAUCUCUUCCUGCAGCCAAUGCAUCGGGGUCUGAAAAUACUGAAAGCAAGUUUGCAGAAAAAUCACCUGGAACACUCGAGGACACUUUCAUGGCUCCUUCUACUGCUGUGGAGUGGAAGACCAUUGUUAAAUCAGGCUCUGUAAGGACUGAGCAGUCGGUGACUAUUUCUAAGGUCAGCAGGCGGCAGUUCUCUACAAGCUUUACACAACAUGAUACCCACAAAACGAACGGCCACUCGGCCAACCUGCCCUCUCUCUGCACCUCUAAACCCUGCCCUUCCCCUCGGCUUGGUCGGCCCUUGUACCUCAGACCUCACAGAACACCAAGCCGGUUCUCUACAUCUGGUCCAAGCACAGGGAACACGUCUUACACCAGCAUGUUCGAGAAGACGUUUCCCAUUCGAGUGGUCCAGAGCCCGUCUCAUGGCACCUCCAGUCGUCAGUGGCGAGGAAGACCUCACUGUACAGCACAGGAGUCAGUACGUGAGGAGGAAAAGGAAGUGUACAGACAGUUGUUGUCCGUGGUGUCUGAUGGUCAGUCAUCGUUCUUUUGUGACGGAAGUCAUCCAGGCAUCAGAUCACAUCGAGACUUCUCCAGUUUCCUGACAACGAGCCGGAGACUGCUCCGGUGUGCUUCCCCUGCAGGCUCAGGAGCAGGAGAAUCUUCAUUUGGUUUAUCCAGCCAGCCUCCCAGCCCUCACACUUCCAGCGCCCUGCCCAGCCCUGUGGCGGUCUCCAACGGUCCUGAGCCUCUGCCCUGGAGCUCUGAAAACGACCACGAGUCAGGCUUAAAAAGACCAGCAGUGGCCAUGCGGUCUGCACUGUCACCGGCUGCUCUUCAGGAUACUUCCUCUCAGGACACACAGUCAUCGGCUCACGAUGGAGACUCUGUUAUUUUUGUAAAGGAACAACAGGGAAAAAGAUCAGAGAGCUCCAGCGUGCCGUGUUUCCAAGCUGAACUUUGGAUCAAGGAACUGACUAGCCUCUAUGACUCUCGUGCUCGGGAGAGGCGGCGGCUCAUUGAGGAGCAGGAAGCUCUGGCUUCUCAGCUCUUGCGCCAGCGUCUGUCCAGUGAGGAGAGAGCUGGAUUAUCCAGUGUGGAGCUGAAGGUGCGAGUACCUCUAGAAAAAGAGGUUCCGUUAGCACCUGUCGUUAAGGAGCCAGAGCCGACUGUAGAGGAGCCAGAAUUCCCUGAGCUGACAGAGGCCAUGGAGAAUGAGGUGAACAAAGCGCUGAGGGGAGGAAGUCAGGACGAAGUUCUCAGUGAGGGAUUCCGUCUAACCAUCACCAGGAAGGACCUGCAGACCCUCAGCCACCUCAAUUGGCUCAAUGAUGAGGUGAUUAAUUUCUACAUGAAUAUGCUGGUGGAGCGCAGUAAAGCGUCUCACCUGCCCUCCGUCUACACCUUCAACACCUUCUUCUACCCAAAGCUGCGCAGCUCUGGCUACUCCACUGUGCGCCGCUGGACCAAGAAAGUGGACAUCUUCUCUGUGGACAUCAUUCUGGUGCCUGUCCACCUGGGGGUGCACUGGUGUCUCUCUGUCGUGGAUUUCCGCAAGAAGAGCAUCAUGUACUUCGACUCCAUGGGAGGAAACAAUGACGAGGCAUGCAGGAUUUUGUUAAAAUAUUUGGAACAAGAAAGUGAAGAUAAAAGAGGACGAGACUUUGAUACCUCAGGCUGGAUCCUUCAGAGCAAAAAACGCAACGAGAUCCCUCAACAAAUGAAUGGAAGUGACUGCGGAAUGUUCACAUGCAAAUAUGCUGAAUACAUCACCAAAGACAAGCCAAUUACAUUUACACAGAAACACAUGCCGUAUUUCAGGAGGCGGAUGGUCUGGGAGAUCCUGAACCGAAGACUCCUGUAAUGGAAGAUCUUGUUUCGUGGACUUUCAGGAGGAAAACUAGGGGCUGCUGCUGCUGCUGCUGCUGCUGCUGGAUUCUGCUGCACUGCAGGACCCAGUCUCAUUAGGAACAGAUCUGGAAGGGAUGAUUUAAACCCUUCCUCAGCUGGUGCUCUUCAUUUCACUCAUGCUAACUCCAUACGUAUGUGCUGCAGGACUCCAAGAACCUGGGUUAGUUUUAAAGACGCUGGCGACACAAAAUGCCCUGAUGUUUCUGCCCUUCUGUCUGGUAGAAUUGCUUGGUGUCCCCCCUUCUCUAAAACAUUUAACAUAUUUUUAUUUUAUAUUUUGCUUUUUUUAUGAGCUUUUUUUUUUUAUGAAAAUUUAUUCAAAUUUUGCAACAGAUUUUCACAUUUCGUUUAUUUUUUUAUUUUUUAUAAAUAUUAUUUGUCUUUGCAAGUGACAGCCAUGACAGAUCUGUAAGAUGUGCAUUGUCAGCUUUAUUUUUUUCUUUAUAUAUUUUUUUAUAUAAAGCAGGUUACAUUUCAUCAUUUGUUUUUUCUCGCAGAACUCAAGUUCAAGUUAUUAAUGUCUUAAUUUUAUUUUUAUUUUAUUUUAUUAUUUUUUUUUGCAUUGGAAAUACAUUAAACAAACUUGAAUGCUGCAGAAAAAAGGCAGCGUGGGACCAACAGCUGUUUGAUUUCAAACAGUUCAUCCAGCUAAAGCUGACAAUCGCAGGGCUUUUUUUGUAAACGUGUGGGUUGGACGUAUAAAAAAAAAAAUACAGAACAAGUGUAACACAAGAUAAGAUAAUGGUAUAUUUUUGAAGUCAAUAUGGAUUUGUAUUCUAAAGCACAUUUCUUAGUACAUGUGCCUACUUUUUAUUAAUUCAGAAUAAUCUGAACUCAUUCAGACCUUAAACAGCAGUUAUGACUUCAGUAUGACUUUGGCUCAGCAUUAUUUUUAUGUUUUUUUUUUUUUUUUUUUUUUUUUUUUUGACAAAAAAAAGAUGGCCAAGAAUAAAACAACAGCAAAGGUUAUUUUUGGCUAUUUUUUUUCUUUUGAUUUUGAGUUUUUAUAGGAAAUCUGAGGACAUCCAUUGAUGCACAUUCUCAUUAAAAAAAGGUCAAGUUGGACCAUGUAAAACUGAAAUGCAAAACCAGCAAGAAAGCAUCUGUUUUAUACUGACACUUGAGGAUAUUCUACUCUCUUCUUUAUGUAAGUAUACUCUAUUUAGCAAUUUUCGAUUGUUUCUAGAGUUUUUCCCCCCGUUAUAUAUUUACAAGCUAUUGUACAUACAUUGUCUCACACAGUUUAAUUGAAGACAUAUUUAAUACACAUUUUGUACCUUUUGUUAUGGUUUUUGUAUGUAGAUCUGGUCUUCCUGGAAAUAAAUCCCUGAGGCUGCGUGUG